CCACGCGGGAUGCAAGUCUGUGCUGCAGCUUGUACAGUACCACAUGCCACAAACUUCUUGUCACCAACCGACCUUGAUCAUAGAUCUUGACCAAUUCCCACCCGCUUCAAUUCAACGCUCCCUAGAUGAUGAUGAGUAUAUCGAACCGGGCUUGCUGCGUUUUAGGGCCUUCGGUCGAGUAGUCGGCCUGACCGGGCCUCAAGUGAACUUACACAUCCGUCCACCGCUCUCACCCAAACCCCCGAAGCAGCGAUGUUGCUGUACCGGAAUCUCCUCUGGGAGGCAGCUCUUUUCUUCAUUCUCCAGGCGCAUCGGUCAUGGGCUGCAGGCCCUAAUCAGGGUGCUGCCGAGUUCGGGCAAUUGGCCUUUCCAUCCCCCUGCAGUCGUUGCGAUGUCUCCAACGACGUGACACCAUGCAGCGGCGGACAUGACACAACCUCGUCGUCAUCGUCUUCUUUGUCGCCGUCGCCGUCGCCAUCGAUUGCUCGAACUGACGCUGUUUCUGUGGCCGAGGAGGAGGACGGCCAUGAUAUUGCAUCACACUUUGCAGCCCACCUCCCUCGGAAUGUGACUGACGCCUACCAUGACACUCUCUACCCAGUCGGGGAGGCCGACGCCGCCUUAGUAGGCGAGUCCCGUCUGCAGUACGACGCUGCCGAUGCCCCCGGGAGCUCUGCCGCGCGGGUCACUGAUGAGCGCCCCCCGACCACCACGGAGCGAGAUGGAAGCAGCCCCGAGAGCGUCUUCGACCCAUUCCAGCCGGUUGGCCCUGACCCCAGCAUCCUCAAUGGCAGGGAUGGCAAGGGGGACGGGCAGGAGGAGAAGCAGUGGAGGGAGCAUCACUAUGGCUCCCGCCAUCCACUCUUCAGCGCUGGAGCAUUGAUCCUCGAAUUCGGCCAGGAUAUCAGUCCGCAGAAGCGCAAGAGGCGACCGUCGUCGGGUGCAGACUCCAAUGCGAACACGUCGCCUGGCUCCAAGUCUGAUAAGGCUUGGCGUAGCCAGGCUAGAGGGAAGAUGCUGUUUUCGCCCACCGCGGAUGUGUCUCGGACUCCAUUCUCACCUCCGGCGAUUCUGAUCAAGCAACCCGAGACUAGGCCAAUCAGCCAGGAGCAGCUGGUGGCCGAGGUCAAGGGCAUUUACGCUGGCCUGGUGAUGGUUGAGGCCAAGUGCAUCGAGAUUGACAAUGCACAGGCCAGCAGCAGUGAGAAGCUAAACAAUGAGCAUUGGCAGGCGCUGAUCGCGCUUCAUCGCACACUCCUGCAUGAGCAUCACGAUUUUUUCCUAGUCAGCCAGCACCCUAGCGCUAGCCCGGCACUGCGACGUCUUGCGUCGAAAUACGCCAUGCCCGCGCGGAUGUGGCGCCACGGGGUCCACUCCUUUCUGGAGCUCCUCCGGCACCGAUUGCCCGAGUCCUCGGAGCAUAUGUGCACCUUCAUCUACCAAGCCUAUUCAUUGAUUGCCGUGCUGUAUGAGACAGUUCCUGUGUUUGGGGAUAUCUGGACUGAGUGCCUGGGGGAUCUUGGCCGAUAUCGUCUGGCAAUUGAGGAUGACAACAUACGAGAUCGACAGGUCUGGACGAGUGUCUCGAGAUAUUGGUAUGCAUAUACGUCCGACAGGAACCCCACAACCGGGAGACUCUACCACCAUCUUGCAGUUCUGAGCAGACCCGACGCUGUGCGGCAGCUGUUUUACUACACCAAGAGUCUCUCUGUUCCCAACCCUUUUCUUUCCUCUAGAGAGAGUAUUAUGACGAUUUUCAAUCCGACCUUGGAGAGAACCCCAACUCCACGUCCUCUACCUGCCGAUGUAGCGUUUGUCAGGGCACAUACCGUCUUGGUCAGAGGGAUUGACAGCUCCUUCGAUGAGUAUCGGCAGGACUUUCUCCCUCAGCUUGAUUCCCACAUUGCCUCCCGAAAGAAGAUGUGGCUGCAAGAAGGAUUUCACGUGGCGAUUGCGUCCCUCUGCUCAAUGAUGGGAUACGGAGCAGAGAGAAAUCCCUUUGUGAUGGCUAUGACACCACUGACAGACGAUUCCGGUGAUGACAGCGUGGGGCACUCCGAAUCCUCGAACAAAGACAACCUGACCGCUAAGGCCGCUGGUCCUCCAACCAGGGACGAGGCAAUGUCACGCGCGGCCAUUGACCUGGCCAUGCAAACAACCGAAAUCGUGUGGAAUCGGGCCAAGGACCCGAACAUCCUACCCUACUCGCACGUCAUCCUGGUCUUCAUGGACCACCUGGCCCGGCAUCCGGCCGCGAUGGAGUUUGUCCAAGACAUCUUUCCAUGGGACCUGUUAGCCCAGUUUCUGAACCACCUGGCGUCGUUGCCCGAGGCCGACGGCUGGGCAGAUCGCGAGUUGUUCCCACCUCCCGACAGUGACCACCAGCCGCUGCCUGAGGAUUUCGCCAUGAGGGGCCUGCCAUGGGCGGGGGGUUAUUUUCCUGCUGGGUGGUUCUCGGAGAGGAAUACCGACUACGAGUACUACGACGAGAUGGUAUGUCCCGCUGUCGGCUACGACGACAGCCGCAUCAGCCGCAUCUUGCGUCUGGGCCACGGUCUCGCUCGCUCGAUGGAUCGCCUGUUAUACGACCCUAAAACAAUGGUGUUCAGCGCAGCGCCGUAUCGCGCCGGUGAUAUGGACUUGGACGAAGCAUCGCCCACGUCUGUUGUUAUAGGAGACAAGCCACCGGGCGCGGAGAUUGACGCGAUGGACGUCGAUGCCCCCGACCAAAUCUCGGCUGGGAGUGCCGGUAGCCCAGCGGAUAACUCCAAGGUAAAGCGGCGACGGGAUCUCACACUCUCUCCCGCUGCCAUACUAUCGAUGAGAGGCAGCGGAAUUAUCCAGCCACGCACCGACUCGGCACCUGAGCAGCACCAAACGAGAAAUGCGAUCGAACCGCCGGAUACAUCGGAGAUGCCGCCUCCCAUAUAUUUGAACAAUUCAAACUCGUCGUCGGUAGCCUCCGCACAAUUUACCGGAGCCCACUUUAGCUGCGAGACCAACAUUAACGCGACAAUUACAUCCGGCAGCAAACACAGCUUGGCGCACACAAAGCCGAUCGCGUGCAUGGUCGACGGCUGCGAGUAUCGGUGCGCGACCUCUCGCGAUCUCAGGAGGCACCAGGCCGCGAAUCAUCCCGGAAUGGUGGAAAACGAGAGCUUCGCCUGCGAGGUGCCCGGAUGCGGCAAGACGUAUGAACGGAAGGACAACUUGAAGAGGCAUUAUAAAUUAGAAGGGAUGGCAAAACUGGCCGAGGAGAAUCGCUCUGUCGGUGAUGGCGACAAAUGGCUCAUACAUGGCUGGGACCAGCGGCGCUUUGUCGACGUGUAUUUACCCGAGGGUAUUGACCAAGGCUUUGUUUUCAAGGUCGUCGAGAGGUUUAUCAACGACCUUGCCGCCAAUAUCGUUCAGGUUGAAGUAUCCAAAGACGGCACACUCUUGUCCAGCUCUUCGGAUUCUUCCAUCAGCGCUGGGUACAUCCAGGUCAAGGGAGUCUCGUCGAAAGAAGAGAGCGCCAGCGACCUCCCCGUCAUCCAUCCGGUUAUUGGCCGUCACGUCUCUUCCGAUAUCCGCCGGCUUCGCUCCAUCAAGAAGGAUAAGGACGACGCCAACGCACUCACAAACAUUCGAGAAGCUCGGGUGAUCCAAGACAUGGAGGCCCUGGAUCCUGAGAUUCUGCAAGAUAUUGCCGAUGCCCAGGAGCCAGACAGCCUGAACACCUUCGCCGACGUCGACCGACCGAACGUGGUCAUGGCCACGGCCCGACAGGACGAGUACCCGUCGUACAAUUCAGGCAGAAUACUGCAAGAUAGGACAUUCUACGAGUACACCAUACUCAAAGAGGAAGAGGGAGAGGAAGAAGAGAAGCGAGAAAGGAAGCGGUUCCUCACGUCCGGCCACUGA